AUGCACAACUCUCUAACUUCUAAUCAGAGUGGGGCUACUAGUCCGACGGUUUUCUCCGGCGAGUUCGCCGAUGACGUCGACUGGUCCGAUGAAAACUGGCCGGAACUAGAGUUCCGUUCAGCGGAGGACGAAGCUUGGUACGCCGUAGAAUUUUCUGACAUCUGUGACGCUUUGUGGAUCAGCUUCAACGGCUUCUCUUAUGAGCACGACGAGUUUUAUCCAGCUGACGAUUUCAAAAACUCCGACGAGAUUCAAGAAUUCGAAGAGAGGUUUCGAGCUUGUUCCGAGCAGAUGCAAGACAUCGAAUGUCCCAAGGUCCAUGAAGGCACCCAGGUCUGCGCCACGUUUCCUUCCGUCACCGAAGAAGUCAAGUUCUACGACGCUAUCGUCGUUACGGUGGAGAGGACGAAGCAUGAACGAGACGAGGAAGGGAACGAAAUUUGUGGAUGUGAUUUCAAACUUUUCUGGAAACAAGGUCCUUGGAUUAACCAAGUGACUACUGCGAAAGUUGGAGAUAUUUGUCUCAGAGCAAAGGAUAAUCGAAUAAAUCCAAAAGUGGUUUCGUUCUUGAAAGAAGCUAGAAGGAAGCUUCAUGGAGAAACAUGUAAUCAAGGGGAAGAGACAGAGUGGCAAAAGAUUCUUGAGAAGGUGAAUUCUGCUAUUCAAAACAACUUAAGCGUUGAUGGAUGAUUAUGUUAUGUUGCUUAGUGUGUUGCAAAAAAAAAACUGAAUACUCUAGUUUGGGGAAGUCUCUUAGUUCAUGCCUAUCACUCCUUGUUUUUUUUUUUCUUGUUGUUG